UCCAAUAACAUAUCUAUUAGUUAACUGAACAAUAAAACUAAAAAAAGUUGACUAAAUCAGUGGAAAUAAGUUGGUUUAUGGACUGGAUAUGCACAUAUAAGUUUACAAGCACACAAGUUGGCUUGGUGGUUGGAGACGUUGGAGUGCACAUGGAAUGAUAGCGCCAUUUUGAUCACCAGUCAAGCUUCAGGACAGCUUCAUCAACCCUUCAAACGUCAGCGUUUAUAGUCCAAACUGCGAUCAGCUGGUUGCCAUGAAGUUGGUAUCAACAGGAAAACAGGAGGAGGAGAUGGUGAAGACAAGAAAAAUAGGAGGAGAGGUUAAUUACUCACCAGAUUAUCCUGCAGGCCAGUCUGAUGAUACUCUAGAGCAGGAAAGACUCAUAUUGGUAGAGGAGCUAAAGAAGAAGACAACAAAUGAGAUCAUCAGUCAGAAAAUGAGCCUGACGUUUUCACUUCGACGAAAAGAGAUUGUGGAAGUGGUGCCAAUGGUGUCUGAGGUGCUGGAACGAUGGCCUGCUCUGUCUCUUCCUAAUGAGAUAGGUAAUGAAUUCAAACGCAUUACCAAUGUGGACCUCCUUAGUACAUUCAGAUCAUCGUUACACCAACAUGCACCACAACUUCUGAAGUUGUACAGAGCAAGACAGGGGGCUUUUGGAAAAGAGUUGGAAGACCUUCUUAACAAGCUUGAUCUACAGACCUCAAAUAUCAUUAAUCACAGAAAGCAAGCAGUUCUGAAGGUCUCCCUUUGUUCCUCUGUGAAGAUCCUUCUGCACUGUUUAGAAAUGUCUGGACACAUCUCCAGCAGACCGACAGACCAGAGGGAUGAAAAUAGGAAUUCUUGUUCUAACCGAGGAUGAUGUCGCUCCUAGCACACUGCCUACCAUUACUAACUUUGCUGUUGUUUUGGAGGAGAAAGUUGUUCUGAAAGACCUGCAAUCUGCUGUUGCUUACCUGUUUGGCCUUAUCUUCGCCUUGGAUUUUCAGUACCCAAAAGAACUCAAAUAUACUUUUGAGGUAAUUGAGAAGGUGUUUAUGGAAAUGGGCACUCGAUGCUCUGUAAGUGUACAGUCUUUGAAAACUAAGAUCUUCCUGUGAACAUUGUUGAACUGUGAAUUGUUGAACUAUGUUUUAAAAUGUUUUAAGGCUGUUUUAAAAAUGUUAGUUUUUUGGUGUUAUGAAAAUGGGGCUUACUGCUCUGCAAAGGUACAGUCAGUGAAAAGUAAACUCUUACUGGGAAUGUUGACAUUUUGGUGUGAGCAUCUUUUGAAUUAAACAAAUAUUAGCAUCUUAAUGUUAAAAUGUUAAUUAAUAAAAGAAAUUGUUAAACUGAGUUGUUAAAAUGUGAAUAUAAUGUCUUACAAUGUCAUUUUUAUUUAAUUUGUUUUGUUGAUUGUGCGUUUAUUUUUCAUCUUUUCAGAUUCUUUAUUGUGCCAUUUUAUUUGAAUUUCAUUUAUAUUUGUACUAAUUUAUUCUAUUGUUUGUUUGAAAAUUGUCACUGAUUGCAGUGUAUUUUUUAAGGUACGUGUUGCCAUUGUUGACAGUGUUUCAUUGUUGAAAGGUAGGCAGACCAUCCAGUGUUGAACUUCUAUGUUUUAAUGUUUUAUUUUACAUGUUUAUUGGUGUUUUAAUGUUUUAAGCAUCUAAGGAAUAGAGUCAAAGCCUUUACACAUUAAAAGGUUAAAAGUAAAUCUUCAGUUAUCUUCAGUUUUUUUUUAUUGAUUGACAUUUUUCCAGGAUUUUUAUUUUGACUUUUUUUUUU